AUGAAUACCGUCCAGAACUUUCCGACUUCCGAGGACUGGGAAAAGCCACCUUCGGUGGAUGACAACGAUGAUCGUCCGCGGAAAAAGCGCCGCAAAUACAUCGCCAAAGCCUGCAAUGAAUGUAAACGUCGGAAGAUCAAAUGUAAUGGCCAGACGCCCUGUCAGCGCUGUGGACGUCAGCGCAUUGAAUGCAUUUACGUCGAGAACUCACAUCGAGACAGCCCCAGUGAACAAGAAAAUUUCGAGCGGUUGUUUGAGCAGAUGAGAGCUAUGCAGGACCAGAUUACCCUAUUGUCUGCCAGUGUACGAUCAAUAGCAAGCAACGAACACUCUCCCGCUGGGGUUUCUGCUACGGGUACAUAUGGACUAAAACCUGCGCAACGUGCGUUGAGGCGCGUCUCAAGCUCAAGAGAGACAUCAUUUCAAGGUCCAACAACGUCGGCUUUUAGUUUUGACCUUGCGAAGUCCAGCUUGCAACAACGUGGGAUCGUCGAACAUACGGAGGCUGGAGACGAGGGCGAUAUGGCCCAGGAACACUCACCGUUGGCAUCGCCAUCCGCACAUAACAGGGAAUUGGAGCCACGCCAGGCUGUCGACCCACUUUGGACUCUCCCCAAGAAAGAAGCCCUCCGCCUAUGCCGAGUUUAUGAAGAAGAAAUGGGCAUCAUGUAUCCAGUUGUAGAGCUUUCAGACCUUUUGGAUCAUGUGGAUCUUCUCUACGGCCCAAUGGAUCGCGUCCUUGGACCGGCCUUUCAGCCCGUUGUACAAAGUGGACUGGCCCGGGAAGAUAUCCACAUUCUGCGUAUCGUGUUUGCGUGUGCUUUGACCGCAGAGGCCAGCGGUCGAAGCGAACAGGCUAUUGCCCUUUUUGACAGCGUCCGCGAGGUCCAGGACAACUGUGUUUGGGGUCCGCCCGACAUCAAGAGCAUUGUAUUUCUAACGCUCGUGUCCGUUUUCUACUUCCAAAUGGACGAAGAGACUUUGGCAUGGCGUACCGUGGGUAUCGUGGAGCGCAUGUGCCUUGAAAAAGGUCUUCACCGACGAGAAACAUUGAAUCAGCCGGCGAUUAUCGCCGCGGGCAAGGAUCGCGUGCUGCGACUGUUUUGGUCUGUUUAUAUUUUGGAUAUUCGUUGGAGUUUUGGAACUGGCAUGCCAUUCGCUUUGGAAGAUACUGACAUCGAUCCUUGGCUGCCCGAACCUGCCGAGAACACGCCCUAUCUGCGCGUGAUGAUCCAAUACAGCCGGAUUGCAGCGAAGGUAUGGAAGUUCAUAUCGGCAUUCAACAAUACCAACGAGAUAAAAAAAGAGGAAAUGAAUUAUCUGGAUUGGCAGGUGCUGCGCUGGGUGCACGACAUUCCAGAGCCGUUGCGGCUCGAUCCAAGCCCCGUGGGAGGUGAGACGGCGGAGGGCUCACGGAGCUUGCGCAGAUUGCGUGCGCUACUUUAUCUUCGUGGCAAUCAGCUACGGAUGCUCAUUCAUCGUCCCGUCCUUCAUACCUCGACACACAUCAUGCGUUACCCAGGCGAGUCCGAGACCGUCGUUGAGAUCGCCAAGGAUACUAUUCGCUUCAUCACCCGCUUAAAUGAUACUUCGGAUAUUUACCAAUUACAGCAAGUGGCAUUCAAUUGGUUCCUUGCCUCGGCUCUUGCUGCUUUGUUCCUUGCAGUGGCCCAAGCUCCCACGCAAGUCAGCGCCUCGUGCAAAGAAGAAUUUUACAUGGCUUUGGAACUUGUCAAAGGAUUUUCAGCCCAGUCCUAUAUAUCACGCCGGUUGUGGAAAUCAAUUCGAAGCCUUCGCAAGCUUGGUCCUCAACUGGGUCUGGGCAUUCAGAAGAAGCGACUUGAUGGUCAAGCUGCCGCGGAAGAUGACCCAGACCGACAUCAUGUUCCGGACUCUCUUCCCAUAGCCCAGGCACCAAGCAGUCAAAGCCAGACACCACAAGAUGGUGAACAGAUAACACAGGAGCUGAUGGAGUGGUUUGAAUCAGUGGGAAAUCUGGAGGAUCAGAUCAUGGGAAUGGGAACCGGCCCUGUGCCAAAUGGAACCCCAUACCAGCAGGUGCCCAAUGGGGGCUUUGUGUACGAUUACGGCGAGGAACUGUCCACUGUGAUGAAGGAUUUCUUCUAG